UUAAUUUUCUUGUGUGUGCGUUUUUUUCGUUUUGGGGGCUUAUGUAGGGCGCGGCGGGCCGCUCCUCGAUCGCCUGGGAUCGAUCACCAUGGAUCAGAUGAAGAAGAAGCUGAUGCCGCUCAUCAACAUGCGGCCAGACAUGUCGAUUGAUGCCUCGGCGUCCUACAAGGUCACGGAUGGAGGGACCUUGAAUCUUCUGAGCAGAUCUUGUGGCGAGUAUAAUAUCAAUCAGCUGGGCCUCCAGAAGAAGAGCUCUGCCGGUGGAGACGACAAAGACGACAAGGAGAGAACUUAUCAAUGCGCGUCCAACGAAAUGUGCGUUUUUGGAGCAAUUGGAUGGGGAGCUAGCAGCGUCGUUCGCAAGGCUAUUCAUAUUCCAACGCAUCGGAUUCUCGCCCUCAAGAAGAUCAACGUCUUUGAGAAGGAAAAACGUCAACAGUUGCUAAACGAGAUUCGGACACUGUGCGAAGCGCCCAUGGCGAAAGGCCUUGUAGAGUUUUACGGGGCGUUUUAUUCGCCUGAUAGCGGACAGAUUAGCAUAGCGUUGGAGUACAUGGAUGGAGGAUCACUUGCGGAUAUCGUGCGAAACAAGAAGUUUAUUCCUGAGCCGAUUCUGUCGGUCAUCACACGAAAAGUUUUACAGGGCUUGCAGUUUCUUCACGGAGUAAGACAUCUAGUUCACCGAGACAUUAAACCUGCAAACCUUCUAAUCAAUCUGAUAGGUGAGCCGAAAAUCACAGAUUUUGGGAUCAGUGCUGGCCUUGACAACUCCAUUGCCAUGUGUGCCACGUUUGUCGGCACGGUGACUUACAUGUCUCCAGAGAGAAUCAACAACGAGUGCUACUCGUACCCGGCGGAUAUCUGGAGUCUGGGACUUGCGUUGCUGGAGUGUGGUACUGGAGAGUUCCCUUACAACGCUAGCAAGGGCCCUGUGAAUCUGAUGCUUCAAGUAAUGUAUGAUCCGUCUCCAGCCCCGCCUGCGGACAGAUUCUCCUGCGAGUUUCGGUCGUUUGUGGAAGCAUGCCUACGAAAAGAUGCCGAUACAAGGCCAACAGCAGAACAGCUUUUACAACACCCAUUUAUUAAGAAGUACGAGAACGCAGAUGUUGACUUGGCUGGUUUUGUGCACAGUGUCUUCGAUCCAACAGAGCGGUUGAAAGACCUGUCUGAUGUAAGAUGUUUUGUUUUCUCUCUUCCACUUGACUUACUGAUCAUUGAGACGCUGCAGAUGCUUACGGUCCAUUACUACAUGCUGUUUGACGGUCCUGACUCGCUAUGGCAUCACAUGAAGACUUUCUACCGCCAAAACUCGACUUUCUCGUUCGCGAACCAAACCGUCUGCGGUCUGGAUCAAGUGUUCACGACGCUCACGGACAUCCGCAACAUGCUGGCCGGGGAGCGAGCCGAGGAGAGGCUCGUUCACGUCGUGGAGAACUUGCAGUGCUGCGCGUACUCCAAGCGGGGCAUCGUGAUCCGGGUGUCCGGGGCCUUCGUGCUGGGGAGCCACUUCAUUCCGACCAGCGACGGCAUCCAAGUGGAGGGACUCCUGGCCAGCCCGUCCUUGGACGUCCAGAGCCGGCAGAUGGGAACGUUUAGCGAGCAGUUUGUGAUGGAGCCGGCCGAGCAACAAGGCUCCUUUUUCAUCUCCAAGCAGGAGCUCUACAUCCAGCAAUAGUGAAGAAACUAUGGCUGCUGCUACAAGCGCUACACAGGCGGGACAGGGAAAACAAGCGCGAUCAAAUGAGCUCCAAGUCAAUCAGCCACAGGGCAUCUCACAGAUUUGGGAAGAAGUUCUUAGCGAGAAGCCACAGAGACGACGGUGACGAAGAGGUUUCUUUCAAGUUAUGGCAAAGCGAUAGGAAGGAAAUAAUGCCGAGUUUUUUUUUUCUGUAAACUAUGUUGUAAAGUAUGGUGGAAGAAAGUGGUUUUGUUUAUAUCUUAAA